AGUGUGGAGCUGACGAGAGGGCUGCAGAGUGAAAUAGGAGGGGAGGAGGUGAAAAGGGUGAUAAAAAUGGUGAUGGAGGAGAAGGGGAAAGGAGGGGAAAUGAGGAAGAAGGCGGCGGAGAUUGCAGAGCGGAUAGCGGCGGCGACGAAUGACGAAGACGAAGGAGAUGAUAAGGGAUCGUCGAUUCAGGCGCUGGAUGAUUUUGUUUCUGCUGUUGUUAGGAAGCGAAGGGAGAUUCGCACCUAGGUCUCAGUGGCGUUUUCCUUUCUUUUAUAAAUGGAUGUGUGAUGGUAUUUUAUUAAACUUAUUUUAUGGGG